ACCCUAAACCAUCUCCUCGUAAUUGUUGCGAGGGAGAUAGACGGAGAAGGAAACGGUGUGGAGAUGAAAAAUAAGGAGGAAAAUAAGAGGAUGAGGAAUGCUUCAAAUCCACAGUCCGAAGAAGAGCCUUUAAUCAAUGAAAAACCUCCACUAGCACUACUACAAAAACAACAUCAGCGGCAAUUAGCAUCUGCUUCUGACUCUGAAUCUGAUUCUGACUACGAGGAUUUUUCAGAGGCUGGUGACUCUGGUCAGUCGUUGAGUGAAUCAGAAGCCAGUGAAAGUGGAUCGUCUGGAGAUGAGGGCAUUGCCAACUCAGAUGAUAAUGGCUUGGACGAUGAUCAUGGUCAAGAAGAUCAAAGCAAUAGCUCUGAACUGCAACAAGGAGUUGAGGAGAGUGAUUCAUCUGAAGAUGAGGUGGCUCCACGAAAUACAAUUGGAGAAGUUCCUUUGGAAUGGUAUAAGGAUGAGGCCCAUAUUGGAUAUGACCUUGCCGGGAAGAAGAUUAAGAAGAAAGAACGGCAAGAUAAAUUGGAUUCGUUUCUUGCAAGUGCUGAUGACUCUAAAAAUUGGCUCAAGAUCUAUGAUGAAUACAAUGAUGAGGAAGUAGAGGUGACGCGAAAAGAGCUGAGACUUGUUCGCAGAUUGCUCAAAGGGAAGGCACCGCAUGCUGACUUUGAUCCUUAUGCGCCUUAUGUUGAUUGGUUUAAGUGGGAUGAUGCCAAGCACCCACUCUCAAAUGCUCCGGAACCGAAGAGGCGGUUCAUUCCUUCAAAAUGGGAAAGUAAGAAGGUUGUUAAGCUUGUUAGGGCAAUUCGUAUGGGAUUAAUUAAGUUUGACAAGCCAAAGGAAGAAAAACGUUUCUAUCCGUUGUGGGGAGAUGAUUCCAGCUCAACAGAAAAGGCUAAUCAUUUAGCCUACAUUCCUGCACCAAAGCCAAAAUUGCCAGGCCAUGAGGAAUCGUACAAUCCUUCUUUGGAAUACAUCCCAACACAAGAAGAGAUUAAUUCUUAUCAAUUGAUGUACGAUGAAGAUCGGCCUAAGUUUAUACCUAGAAGGUAUAUGUCUUUGAGAAGUAUCCCAGCAUAUGAUAAUGGUGUUAAGGACAUUUUUGAACGUUGUUUGGACCUAUAUUUGUGCCCCCGAGUUCGGAAAAAACGUAUUAAUAUUGAUCCUGAAUCCUUGAAGCCCAAGCUGCCAAGUCGGAAAGAUCUUAAGCCUUACCCCAUAACAUGUUAUCUUGAGUACAAAGGUCACCAGGAUGCUGUCAUGUCAAUUUCUAUUGAAGCUUCUGGGCAAUGGGUUGCUUCAGGUUCUCUUGAUGGAACUGUGCGUAUCUGGGAAGUUGAAACUGGUAGAUGUCUUAGAGUCUGGGAGAUUGGUGAAGCAGUUAAGUGUGUAGCAUGGAAUCCGUUGCAUGAGCUUCCUAUUUUAGCUGUCUCUGCGGGACAAGAUGUACUACUUUUGAACACUGGUUUUGGUGAUGAAGAAGAACAGAAGAAGAUUAAGGAAAUUCUCCAUGUUGAGACAUCUAAAACACCAGAUGAUUCAGGCAACAAAGUGCCUAUUGUGAGUUGGCUUCAAGAUGAUAAGCAUGAAGGGAUCAGGUUAAGGCAUUUUAAGACUGUGUCUUCAGUAGAAUGGCACCGUAAAGGGGACUACCUGUCAACCGUAAUGCCAGCUGGUGAAUCGAGAGCUGUUCUUAUACACCAGCUCUCUAAAAAGCAUACUCAAAGAAUACCAUUCAAGUUGCAUGGACUUCCAGUUUCGGCAGUGUUCCAUCCUACUCGUUCCAUCUUUUUCAUCUCAACGAAGAAGAAUGUUCGUGUUUACGAUCUGUGGCAGCAAAAGUUCAUCAAAAAGCUUGAGACUGGACUGCGUGAAGUCUCUUCCAUUGCUGUUCAUCCUGGGGGUGAUAAUGUAAUUGUGGGGAGCAAAGAGGGAAAAUUGUGUUGGUUUGACAUGGACCUUUCAUCUCAACCUUACAGAAUUCUAAAGUGUCAUCCAAAGGACAUUACCAAUGUGGCCUUCCAUCGCUCAUAUCCCCUAUUUGCUUCAUGCUCUGAUGAUUGCACUGCAUAUGUUUUUCAUGGCAUGGUUUAUUCUGAUCUUAACCAGAAUCCUCUUGUCGUCCCCCUUGAAAUUCUUAGAGGACAUACAAGCUCAAAUGGGAGAGGAGUAAUGGAUUGUAAAUUCCAUCCAAGGCAACCCUGGUUAUUCACUGCGGGUGCUGAUUCAGUGAUCAAACUUUACUGUCAUUAAGGAGGUCUGUCAAGCUGAUAAGAAUGUGAUCUAGGGGGGGAUGAGUCCCAUGAAAGGGACCUCAUAUUUUUGCUGGCAACUAUACUGUUUUGUUGUUGAGGAAAAGUGGAAAACUAAUUGUUGCUCAUCAAUCGUCUUGAGCUCGAUAUCGAACAUCAAUCUUGUAUUGUUUUUGUAAUCUGAAAUGCAUAAAUCAACCUAAGUAUUGUUUUUGCUUA